AUGAUUUUCUACGUAUCCCGCGGGUUGCUAACGCACUUAACCGACGGAGUUUCGGUGAUGACAAAAAUUGCGGAGGAAAAUCUGCGCACAAACUUUGAAGUCGAGAUACACACGUUUCCGGUAUGGGACUGCUGCAAGACGAUGAUGUUGGAGACGGCAUUUCUGAGCGACAUCGCACAGCAGAAUUUUAGCAAAUUUACAUUGUCGUUCAACAAAGACCUUCAAGCGAAAUUGAAGACUCGCUCGCCGACCGAAGUUCGUGAAGGAAUGAUGACGUUAGUGAAUACAUCAGCGGACAACUGUUUGGACUUUAAGGACGUCCUGAAGAUAUUUUCGUUGGGUAAUGUAAAGGUGGCACAGCCGUCGGAUCACGAAGUGUUUAAUAUCGCUCUUACGGAGGACUUUUCAUCAAAGAAAUCAACCCUUGUAUCGCUGAACACUCUGGUGUACGCAAAUGCUAAUCUGAUAGGCAUCCUGGGUUUGGACGCUGAUUUGGCCGACUUAACCGCACCGGUGAUCUUUUAUAACUCAGCUGAUAGUUCAUCCAGCGCGUUCCUCAUCGACAUCGACGGGUUUCUGAUUGUCCACUCGAAAAUGACCAUGUUCCCAAACCUGAGAUCAAUCAGGGCUCGUGUCACCGUGUUCGAACGGCGAUUUCCGUUGAAAGAAUUUCAGAAAGCUAUCGCUACCAAAAGCCAAGGCGAACUUGUUGUUCCGUCGUCUUCUGCCGUUUCUACUGCCAACAUUCACGCAUCCAAUUCUUCGGAGGAAAACGAAAAUGAAAUUGUAUUUCAUUUCAAGAAAGUUCCCAAUACAUCGUUUGUGGUGAUCAUUUCGUCCAGGAAAAAAUGGACUUUCGAGAGAUCGCAUCAGGUUCCUUUUGAUGAUCGCGUUGGUUUGUAUUUGGCUCCCCGUGGAUUUCAGAAUUCAUUCGAAAGGAUAUCCACGUCGGAAUCCAAACGAACUGCCCAAGGAUUUUGGGCUUUCGUCAGCGAUAUGACCCGCCUUAUUACCAAUCCAGGCUUGAAGCUGAGUGUGCGGGGCGAGAUUGGCGCUCUUGGAAAAGUGACAAGUGAAUGGAAACGUCUCGCAGCCGAAAGUCCCUAUGCGCGUUCAGUUGUUCGAAGGUAAGU